AUGGAUGUGCAGAAGCGAGUUGAUUUGAUGACUAGGAAUCUACAAGAAGUGAUUGGUAAAGAUGAGCUUGUGAGCAUUGCAGAGAAGAGAGAUCUGAGUGUGUAUUGGGGAACUGCAAUUACAGGGAAACCUCAUAUUGCGUAUCUUGUGCCUUUGCUGAAGAUAAAGGACUUUGUAGAUGCAGGAUGCAGAGUGAAGAUUUUGUUUGCAGAUAUCCAUGGGUUUUUGGACAAUCUCAAGGCACCGAUUGAGAAGAUAAAGCACAGAUGUGUGUAUUAUGAAAAGCUUAUCAAAGAAUGUUUGACGAUGUUGAGAGUUGAUCUGGCGAAGAUUGAGUUUGUGAAAGGCAGUGAGUAUCAAAGAUCACCGGAAUAUGUGAUGGAUCUAUACCGGAUUAUGGCAAUAACCAACGAGCAUGAUGCAAAGAAAGCAGGAGCGCAAGUUGUUAAGCAGGUGGAGAAUCCAAUGAUAAGUUCACUUGUGUAUCCGGCAAUGCAGGCACUUGAUGAAGAGCACCUGCAUGUAGAUGUGCAGUUUGGAGGAGUUGAUCAGCGCAAGAUAUUUACGUAUGCUAGGAAGUAUCUGCCAAUGCUAGGAUAUGCGAAAAGGAUUCAUCUGAUGAGCCCAAUGAUUCCGGGACUGAAUUCUGAGAAGAUGAGCAGCUCUGAGGAAAUUUCUAAGAUUGAUUUGAUGGAUUCGAAUGAAAGCAUAAUGAAGAAGAUGAAGAAAUGCUUCUGUGAGGAGGGGAAUAAGGAGAAUGGUCUAUUGAAGAUUUUCAUGCAUAUUAUUUUCCCUGUAUUUUGUAUACAUGACAAGGAGGUAUGGAUGGAGAUAAGAGGAGUAGGACGUGUUGUUUUUGGAACAUAUUCAGAUUUUGAGGACGCAUUUGUAAAACGAGAGGUUCAUCCGAUGGAUUUGAAGGAAGGAGCAGCAAGGAUGAUCGAUGAAGUUAUUGGACCUAUCAGGAGUGAAAUGAUGAGUGAGAUGGACGUUCUGAAGAAAGCGUAUGAUUAA